AUGAGGACUUCACUGGCUUUUUCUUGUUCGUUGAUUAUAAUCAUAUUAUUACUCUCUCAGCCUUUGCCAAUUUCAUCUGAAAUUCAAGAAAGCAAACCCCAAACAUUGACAUCUUGGGAACGAAGUCUUGCACAACAAGGCGAGUCCAAUCCAUCAGAUCCUCAUGACUCUCUUCGAGUUUUCAUGAGGAAAGCACGUGUUGGUGGUGUUGGUGGUAAGAGUAGUAAGAAAAGUAAGAGUCGUCAUCCUGUCAUUUACGGUGGUUCCGGUGGUACGUCGGCUACUACUCGACCUUGUCUCUCGAUCGCAUUCCGUUUCGGUUCCACGGUCACGAGCUCAAUUCUGUUGAUAUUAUUCGCAUUCUAUUAA